AUGACUAUGGACGAAAGCAACGGCAUGAACGGCCAUGUAGCCAUGGAUUCGAAUAUCAUCAACGGGGCUACUACCAACGGGCAUUCCACCAACGGUGUCACCAAUGGCUCAAAUGGUCUUGCAGCCCAUGGGCUCCAUGGCAGUGGUCAAGUUCCCAUCGCAAUCUGCGGUAUGGCAUGUCGUCUCCCAGGUGGCUUGACGACGCCCGAGGAACUGUGGGAUUUCCUCCUCACAAAGAAAGAUGGUCGAUGCCGUGUGCCUGAAUCGCGCUAUAACAUUGACUCGUACUACUCGGAUACGAAAAAGCCGGGCACUGUCUCGACCGAGUAUGGAUAUUUCCUCGAUGAAAGCGUCGAUGUCGGAGCGUUGGAUACGUCCUUUUUCACCAUGACACGAACCGAGGUGGAGCGAGCCGACCCUCAGCAACGGCUUAUGUUGGAAGUCGCUCGCGAGGCCUUUGAAGAUGCCGGCGUGACCAAUUGGAGAGGCAAGACUAUCGGCACGUAUAUCGGUAAUUUUGGAGAGGACUGGCUGGAGAUGUUUGGCAAGGAGACCCAGCCAUGGGGGAUACAUCGCAUCUCUGGCUCAGGAGAUUUUGUGGUCGCCAAUCGUCUCUCGUAUGAGUUUGACCUGCAAGGGCCGAGCAUGACGAUUCGCACGGCCUGUUCUUCCGCCCUGGUGGCCCUGAAUGAGGCCUGCGCUGCUAUUAGCAGAGGCGACUGUGGCUCUGCUCUGGUGGGUGGUGUCAAUCUGAUUUUCGCACCAGGAAUGUCAAUGGCGAUGCAGGAACAAGGAGUCCUAUCCAGUGACGGCUCAUGCAAGACCUUUUCUGCUGACGCCAACGGGUAUGCUCGUGGAGAGGCGGUUACAGCGAUCUUCAUCAAGCCGUUGGCUGAUGCCCUGAGGGAUGGUAACCCAGUUCGAGCUGUCGUGAGAGCCACAUCCCACAACGCGGACGGAAAGACUCCAACACUAUCGCAGCCUAGCACGGAUGCACAGGAGGCUCUGAUGCGGAGAGCGUACGAGCUCGGAGGGAUCACUGACUUCGCGGAAACCGCCAUGGUCGAAUGUCACGGAACAGGCACACCGACUGGGGAUCCCAUCGAGGCGAGAGCGGUGGCCCGGGUGUUUGGAGAGAAAGGCGUCUACAUCGGAUCAGUCAAGCCCAAUCUCGGACACACCGAAGCUGCGUCCGGCCUUGUGUCCUUGUUGAAGAUGGUGAAGGCACUCGAACAUCGUAUCAUCCCGCCGAACAUCAAAUUCACGAGCCCCAACCCAAACAUUCCGUUUGUGGACGCUAAGCUCACGGUUCCUACCGAGCCACUUCCCUGGCCGGAAGACAGACUCGAACGGGUCAGUGUGAAUUCGUUUGGGAUCGGUGGCGCAAACGCCCAUGUCAUUCUCGAAUCUGCCGCUACUCAUAACGUCCCGGCUGCCAUUCACGAGACCCCGGAGACACCACAGCUUCUGUUGUUCACAGCCAACUCGUCAAAGUCAAUCACACGGAUGAUCGACAACUACAAGGCAUGGGUCGAGCAAAAUCCGGACAAAGUCAGUGACUUGGCCUACACAUUGGCAAGGAGAAGGGAGCAUUUGCCGCACCGAGCUUUUGCUAUUGUCAGUAAUGGUGUGAUCGAAAAUGUUUCCCAACCGGUGAACUCCAAGUCUGCGAAACCGGCGAGCGUGGUGAUGGUCUUCACCGGCCAGGGGGCACAAUGGCCGCAGAUGGGACGCGAGCUGCUGCGAUCGAAUAAAGUGUUCAAGUCCAGCAUCCGAUCUCUCGAUCAACACCUGCAGACCAUUGCCGGGCAGAAACCUCAGUACUCCAUCGAAGAGGAGCUCAAGAAGCCAGCCAAGAAGAGCCGUCUGUCACUGGCCGAGUUCUCUCAACCACUUUGCACUGCGAUUCAGAUUGCACUGGUCGACACUCUCAAGUCCGCAGGAAUCAGCCCAGACGCAGUCGUGGGCCAUUCCAGUGGCGAGAUUGCUGCAGCAUACGCCGCCGGGGCUCUCACGGCUGGAGAGGCCAUCACCGCUGCCCACCAUCGUGGAGCCGUGACAAGCAGACAGAAGAGAGCAGGAACCAUGGCGGCUGUUGGAAUGAGUUGGGCGGAAACGGAAAAGUACCUCGUCCCGAACGUCACGAUUGCCUGUGACAACUCCCCCAAGAGCGUUACCAUCUCAGGCGAUGUCGACGCCGUGAAAUCCGUUGUUGCGGCUAUCAAAGAGGACCAGCCACAGAUGCUGGCCAGACUGCUCCAGGUUGACAAGGCCUAUCAUUCAUUCCAUAUGAAAGAGAUCGGAGAGGAUUACCAAUCCUUGAUCGGCGAGGAAGUGACCGGGAGAGAACCGUCGGCGCUCUUCUUCUCCAGUGUGACCGGAAACGUCCUGGGUCCCGAGGACAAAAUCCGUUCGAAAUACUGGCAGGACAAUCUGGAAUCGCCGGUCCGGUUCCGCGAGGCCGUCACGGCCAUUUUGAAACACGACGUGGGAAAGAAUGCGGUCUUCCUUGAGGUUGGGCCUCACGGGGCUCUCGCAGGACCACUGAGACAGAUCUUCACUCAGGCUUCUUCUCCUGCUCCGUAUGUCUCGGCCAUGGCGCGCAACCAGAAUUGCACCGCAUCCUUCUUGAGCGCCAUCGGGGCACUUCAUUCAGUCAAUGUCGAUGUUAACCUGGAGGCCCUCUUUCCCACGGGUUCCUGCCUCUCGGACCUUCCCCGAUAUCCAUGGAAUCACGAAGGGAGCUACUGGUACGAAUCUCGGCUCAGCAAGGAAUGGCGCAACCGCAAGUUCCCGUACCAUGAUCUUCUUGGUGCGAGGGUGGCUGAGAGCAGUGACAGUGAGCCUGUGUGGCGUAACAUGUUCCACGUUACAAACGCGCCGUGGAUUCGCGACCACAAGGUCGGCGAAAACAUCGUCUUCCCAUUCUGCGGCUACAUUGCCCUGGCAGGCGAGGCCAUCAGACAACUGACGAACGUCGAGGAAGGGUUCAGUGUUCGAAACAUCAUUGUCAGCACGGCGCUGGUGCUCAGCGAAGGCAAGCCGACGGAAAUGAUGGCCACAUUCCGGCCGCACCGGCUGACCAACUCCCUGAAUAGUGCAUGGUGGGAGUUCAGCGUUUCCGCUUAUAACGGGCGCAACUGGACGAAGCACUGUACAGGAGAAGUCUGCGCUCAGUCCUCGGCGCCCGCGCAGGCCCAGGAUCCCGCUGCCCUGCCCCGGAAGCUCAACGUUCGAAAAUGGUAUGAAAAAAUGGGCAAAGGUGGCCUGAAUCUGGGAGGAUCCUUCCAGACCCUCGAGACAAUGACGACCUCAACUUCGGAUCAGCGGGCCGUUGGGAAUGUUGUCAAUGGAAGGCAGGGAGAUGAAGCCAACUACCACAUCCACCCUACCGUCCUCGACGCAACCCUGCAGAUUUUGGGCGCUGCUGCAGUCAAGGGCUAUGCACGCAAAACCAAGACAUGGCUCCCGACCAGCAUCGAUAAAGUCACCGUCCAUCGAUGCUCUGCAGAUAUGAUCACCAGUGUUUCGGCCAAGCUGUCGAGCAACUUUUCGGUCGUUGGAGACGGCCGUUGUACAUCCGGGGGCGCGACCGUCGUUGAAGCCGUCGGCAUCCGGAUGUCCCUUGCGGAUGGCGCCGUUGCAACGGACAAUUCGGACUCACACGCAGCAUCGAGGUGUGAAUGGAGACCCGACAUUGACUUCUUGAAUGUGAACGAGCUCACCUGCGCGCCGGCAAGCCGCACCGACCACUUGCGUCUCUUGGAGGAGCUGGGAGACAUCUGCUUGCUCUUGUCCCAAUGGCGCUUUGCGGAAUCCGUCAGCGAGCCAAUUCAGCCCCAUCUGCAGAAACACAUGGCUUGGAUUGGAUCCCAAUCCGACUCCAUUGCCAUCAGAUUGCCUUCGACUUGGACGGGCCUCGACCAUGAGGCUAUCUCGGCUCGCAUCGAGAGUAUAAUCAGUCAGUUGGCAAGCACUCCCGCCGCCCCAGUCGCCCGUGCCAUGCGCCAAGUCUGCAUGGAGAUGGAUGCCGUCCUCUCCGGCGAAAGCCUGGAGAGUGUCCUCCCAGAGGGAACGCUAACGGACGUCUAUGACUUCCUUGGGCAGGUAGACCGAAGGGAAUUUAUUCGCAAUUUGAGCCACGCCAAGCCCAACCUCCGAAUCCUGGAGAUCGGAACCGGAAAGGGCGUGUCGCUGCACCGUGAGAUCCUCGCCGAAUUGACCCGUCCCGAUGGAGAGAUUCUCUGCGCCAAGUACACGUUGACUGCCCCAGGCUACGUUGUGGCUCAAGAGAAGUUAUUCCCGAAUAUGGAGUUUGCCAGCCUGGACAUUAGCCAGGAUCCUUUCGAACAGGGAUUCGAGGAAGUCGGGUACGAUCUCAUCAUAGCUGUCAAUGCUCUUCACGAGACCAAAAAUGUCCAGGAAAGCUUGGUCAACGUGAGGAAGCUCCUAAGCCCCGAUGGUAGAUUGCUCCUGCAAGAGCUUUGCCCGUCAUCCAGAUGGGUGCAGUAUGUGCUCGGUGUGCUCCCCACUUGGUGGCUAGAUCCUAGCGACGGGCCAAUCGAGCGAGAAGGGUGGGAGUCGAAGCUUGCUGCUGCCGGCUUUGGCAAGAUCGAGGCUUUGGCUCUGGAUGCAGAAGAGCCCCAUCAAGUUACAGCCACCAUGGUCGUAAGGCAGGUCCUUGAAACGCCCACGAAGAAGGUCACCGCGCUUUUCGAGGAGGAGGGACCUGCUAUUACCCAAAUCUUGAGCCAGCUCGAAACGAAGGGCUACCAGGUGACCAGGUGCAAAUUGGACGAUGUCCCGCCAGCUGGACAAGAUGUGAUUUCGCUCUUGGACGUCGAGCAGCCCUUUUUCCACGAGAUCGACGAGGCCCGCUUCCUGUCAUUCAAGGCCUUCCUUCUCGGCCUUCAAGAGCGCGACGCCGGAAUGCUCUGGGCGACACAGCUCAUCGACAUUGGAUGUCGCGAUCCCCGAUAUGCACAAGUGCUCGGCCUCGCGAGAACUAUCCGUACGGAGCAGCUGGCCAAUUUGGCAACAUGUCAGGUCGACAGUUUCGACAGUCCGAAGUCCAUCGACCGACUCCUUCAGGUGCUUGCCAAGUUCCAGACCCGCCAAGGUGACGAGGAACUCAAUCCAGACUUCGAAUGGGCCAUUUUCAAUGACCGGGUUCAAGUCGCACGCUUCCACCCUUUCAUAUUGGCCGAUGAGCUCUUGGUUUCAGAGGAGUCCAACGAGAUGGCUACACUGAAUGUCCGUACGCCGGGACGGGUCAACAGUCUGCACUAUGCGCGACAUGAACGAAAGGACCUCGACAAGGACGAAGUAGAGGUCCAGGUAUACUCCGCCGGGCUGAACUUUAGAGAUAUUUUAGUCGCACUGGGCAUCGUUGAACUGCCGGUCCGUCUCUUCGGAAUUGAGGCUGCUGGCAUCGUCACCCGUGUAGGAGCAGACGUCAGCCCCGAUGACCUUCAAGUAGGUGAUCGGGUUGUUUGCUUUUGCAGAAAAGACGCCUUUUCGACGUACACCACUACCUUGGCUGCAGUCUGUGUGCGUAUUCCCGACAGCCUCAGCUUCGAUCAAGCCGGAACGAUGCUUAUACCGUAUUUCACCGCGAUCCACUCCAUAGUCAACGUCGGACGUGUCACAAAAGGCCAGUCCGUCCUGAUACACAGCGCGUGCGGUGGAGUGGGCCUGGCAGCUAUCCAAGUCGCCCAGAUGCUGGAGGCCGACGUGUAUGUCACGGUUGGCAGCGAAGAGAAGGUCAAGUAUUUGAUGGACAACUACCACAUCCCGCGAAACAGGAUCUUCCACUCUCGGGACAAGUCAUUUGUGGAUGGUGUCAUGCGAGAGACGGACGGCCACGGCAUAGACUUCAUCCUCAACUCCCUCUCCGGCGAGCUUUUGCACGCCACAUGGAGCUGCGUUGCGGAAUUUGGAACUCUACUCGAAAUUGGAAAACGCGAUCUGAUCGGGGAUGGUAAACUCGACAUGAAGCCCUUCCUGGCGAACCGCAAUUACUGUUGUGUCGACAUCGAUGGCCUCUGGAAGAGAAUCCAUGUCGCCAGAGCCUUGAUUUUCUCCAUCUUGGAUUUUUACGGCAAAGGAUAUAUCUCCCCACUACCCACGACAAUCUUUCCUGCAGCUCAGACCCAAGACGCGUUCCGAUUCAUGGAGAAGGGACGACACAUCGGCCGUGUCGGGGUUUCGUUCAAGCCCGUCGAAGGAGAAACCCAGCUUGGAUGGGAAACCACCAGGAGAGCUCUGACGGUGGCCUUUAACGGGUCGGCCUCGUACCUCAUGGUUGGUGGUCUAGGUGGUAUUGGUCGUGCCGUAUCCACCUGGAUGGUCGAUCACGGUGCCCGCGAGCUUGUCUACCUGUCCCGCAGCGCUGGCCUUACGCCCAAAGAUGACGACUUUGUCGCCGAGCUCCAGAGCAUGGGUUGUGCCGUCAAGCUCGUGAGUGGAGAUACCACGAAGCUCGAGGACGUCAAGAGAGCCAUUGCCGCGGCGACAUAUCCCCUCAAAGGUGUUGUGCAGAUGUCCAUGGUGGUUGCCAACGAGAAUUUCACCAGGAUGAGCUUCGACGAGUGGAUGGCAUCGACGGCACCCAAAGUCCAGGGAACAUGGAACCUCCACAACGCGUCUAUGGAUGCGGGAGUCGAUCUGGAUUUCUUUGUGAUGUUCAGCUCCGUAUCAGGCAUCGUUGGACAAGCGGGCCAAGCCAACUAUGCCAGUGGAAACAGCUUCCUGGAUGCGUUUGCCCAGUACCGUAAUGGACUGGGCCUGGCAGCCUCCGUGGUGGAUAUGGGAGCCGUCGAGGACAUUGGAUGGAUCUCGGAGCACCAAGGGAUGAUGGGGAAGAUGUCCAGGAGCGGCUUCAAGCCUGUCCUGGAGCAGGAGGUCAUUGACGCAAUGGCCAUAUCCAUGUUGGUUCACAACAAACCGGAUCAGGCCGUCGACGAAGCCCUUGCUGUCGCUUCGAAGAACGCUUCUUAUUUCGUCCACAAAAACACCUUCCUCGUCGGCCUGGCUUUGCUCAUUCCAUUGCACGAUCCCAGCAACUACGUGAUCUGGAAGAAGGACCGGCGUAUGGCCUCCUAUCACAACAAUUCUACUGUUGCCGCAACCGCAGCCUCCACAGAUGUGCUGAAAUCAUACCUGAGCAACGCCAAAGCGGAUCCUUCCAUUCUCAAGUCGCCAGAAGCAGCGAAACUCUUUGCGGUCGAAAUUGGCAAGAGACUCUUCGAUCUGUUGCUCAAGCCACAGGAGGAACCUAACACGAGCUGGCCGUUGCUCGAUCUCGGUCUCGACUCGUUGGUGGCUCUCGAAUUGCGUGCUUGGAUCAAGCAGGUCUUCUCCUUCGACCUCCCUAUGCUGGAGAUGAUGAGUAUUGGCUCUCUUGACAUUCUCGGUCAAUAUGCCGCAAACGAGGUUUACAGGAUUGCGACAGAAAAUAACGAAAGCUAG